AACUCUCCAUUUUCUGCAGGGUUUACAUGAGAGAAUACAGACAUCUCCUGGCUUUUAUAUUUGCUAUUGAUGAGAUAAACCGCAGUCCAGAUAUUCUUCCCAACAUAACUCUGGGAUAUCAUGUGUAUGAUUCUUGUGGACAUGUGAAUAAAGCUAUAAAAGACGUUCUACAGAUAUUGUCUGGACAUACAAAGGAAGCUCCAAAUUAUUCCUGUAUGGAGCGGGGUGCCCUGGCUGGUUUCAUUGGAGAUCUCAAUUCUGACACCACUCUCCAAAUGGCCCAGCUGCUGAAUCUAUAUGGUUACACCCAGAUUAGUUAUGGAGCCAGAGAUACUUUGCUGAGUGAUAGAAAGAUGUAUCCAAACUUUUUCCGGACAGUUCCGGAUGAUGAGAUGCAAUAUGUGGCCAUAGCAAAGUUACUGGAAAGGUUGAAGUGGAACUGGGUCGGGAUCCUUACAUCUGAUGAUGAAUACGGAGAGAGGGAGAUCCGACAACUCAGCAAACAUUUAUCUAAUCAUGGAAUUUGUAUUGAAUUCAAGAUUCUGGUGUCUAAAGAGAAUUGUGAUAAAAUUCCUCCAGAGCUGCGGAUCUCAACCACCGAAGUUCUUAUUAUUUGUGGCUCAGUUAGUAUGAUUUAUUACCGUUUUUUGUAUAAUAAUAUCCCUUAUCACAAGGAGAAAACAUUUAUUCUACCAGAUUCUUGGUCAAUGAGUGAAAUAUUUUAUGCUCUCAGAAUUCAUUCAGAGGGCUGGGGGCUGGUGAAAGUGAUAACCCCAGGAUACAGGGAAGAAAUUCUUGGCCUGAAACCUUUGUUGGUAGAUUUUCCAGAUGUGUUGGUGUUCAGAUUAAACGUGCACUACCCAGUCAGAAUUGUAGUCGGUGCAUCAUUACCAGCAAUAGAAGGUGAAGCUAGAGAGAGGGGAUACUUACCUAUUAGGUGCCCACUCCAGCCAGAACAGCCAGAAAAGUGUGAGGAGGGUGAAAAGGACAGAAUCAGAAGUUUGGGUUUGCCUCUGGGAGACGUAAAUGACAUUUAA